CAUCUUACCUUUACCUUUUAUUACUCAAACCUUGUGUCCUAUUUAUAUCUGAAUUUCUUGUCUCUCCUCCAUAAAAUCUUUCAAUUUUUCUUUUCUUUUCUUUUCUUUUCUUUUUUGUUUUCCUUCUGGUAUGAGAAGAGAGGGAAACGGAAACCAAUUUCCUAUUAGAAAACAGAAGAGAGUGUUCUAACUAGCAUUGAUUUAGGAAGAUGGGUAAUUACAGAUUUAGAUUAUCAGAUAUGAUACCAAAUGCCUGGUUUUACAAGCUGAAGGAUAUGAACAAAGGCAGAAAGCAAUGCUCUUCUAAUCCCUUAAAGCAAAAAACAUCUUCAUCUCAAAAACCCAACAUUUCUCACCCAAAAUACACUUAUUACUUCGCUUCUGAACCUAAUAGAGCUGAAAAUUUCUAUCACUCACCUAUAAACACAAAAGCGUUAGACACUAUUUUUCCUGAGUCACCAAGAAGAUCAUCCUCAACAUUAUUUUCCAAGAAACGAAACCAGAGAAAAACCAUUUACAAGCCUUCUCCUAAACUUAUAUCGUCUUCUCUCUCUUCUACUGUAAGUAAUAGGUCUCCUGAAAGCUCACCGGAGCCUGACUUUGAAGAAUCUCUUGUAUCCGAAUCUGAUGAAGACUUUGGAUUUCUCUCUAGUUCGUCAUUUGAUCAACAAGUUGCUGCAAUUUCUUCUUGUAAAUAUUGUAAACAAACAGGUUCUUCUAGUCCUAGUGAUAUUAUUAUCGAUGUCAAUAGUGAAUCUUUUGACAGUAAAGAAAGAAAGAUUAAUGAGUUGGAAGCCAUUUGUGAUGUAGAGCUUGCUCCUAUAUUCACCAAACCAAGACAGACUCAAGAAAACGCUAAGUUGAGAAGAAGAUCAUCUAAACUAGAGGAGAUAAAGGCAAACCCAUCUUUUUCCGUUAAGAUCGUCAAGGAGGAAAGAUUUAGGACUCAUAAAGAGCAAAAGAUCAAUCCUAUUAUGCAAAGAUCAUCAACAUCAUCAAAUUCUGUUGGGAUAAGGCUUAGAACUAACUCUCCAAGAAUUGCUAGCAGGAAAAUUCAGGCUUCUGCUCGUAAAAGCUUAUCAAGAAACAAGACUUUCUUAGAAGGCUGUGCAGUUGUUAAGUCCUCAGUUGAUCCACAGAAAGAUUUUAAGGAUUCAAUGGUGGAGAUGAUCAUAGAGAAUAAUAUUCGAACAUCGAAAGAUUUAGAAGACCUUCUUGCUUGCUAUCUUUCACUUAAUUCAAAAGAAUAUCAUCAUCUCAUUAUCAAGGCAUUUGAGCAAAUCUGGUUUGACAUGGCUCAUCUUCUUCGCUAAAAAUAUUUUUCAAUUAUUAGCUAGAUGCAUAUAUUUAUAUAUAAUAUGUUCUUAAAAUGUAUUUUUUUUUUUUUU